AUGAAGUUACGAAGUGCUUAUGAGAGCAUUUCGAUGAUUGAUUCUGUUGAUAUUAUUGAUGAAGCGGUGGAAUUCAAGAUGGAAAAAGAAAGUUUGGGUGAAGCUCUGGCUGGUAUUCUCGUAAACUUUGAUGCUAAAGACAUGGAGGGUUAUAUGGAGACGGUUAACUCGCUUGUUGGGUUGGGUUCAUAUUCUUACCACCCAAAGAAGCUGAAUCUUGAUCUGGAAAAUAGAACAACUCCUCCAGCAAAGCCUUCGAUCAUUGAACCACUGAAGUUGGAGCUUAAGUGUUACACCUCGGAAGAUUUCCCGUCAACGUGCAGUGAAAAGACUGACGAAGGGCACGACGUAUACGAUGUUUCGAUAACACUACUGACUGAGGAACAGAUUGAGCGACUGUUGGAGGUAGUGUGUGAAUAUAGGCGUGCCAUUGGUUGGACCAUAGGAUAUGUGAACAUAAAAUCUAGUUGGAGGGGGACAGCAAGCCGGGUGAGCCCAAUCCAAUGUGUUCCAAAAAAGAGCGACAUCACAGUGGUGCCCAAUGCAAAGAAUGAGCUGAUUCCGAUGAGGACUGUAACCGGAUGGAGAGUUUGCAUGGAUUAUCGCAAGCUCAACACUGCCACUUGCAAGGAUCACUUCCCUAUGCCUUUUAUUGAUCAAAUGCUUGAUCGGCUAGCGGGGAGAUCUUAUUAUUGCUUUCUUCAUGGUUAUUCGGGCUACAAUCAGAUCAAUAUUGCCUUAGAAGAUCAAGAGAAGACGACUUUUACUUGUCCUUGUGGGAUAUUUGCGUUCAGCCGAAUGCCCUUUGGGUUGUGUAGUGCACCAGACACUUUUCAGAGGUGCAUGAUGUCGAUCUUUUCUAGUAUGGUAGAAGACUUCUUGGAAGUGUUCACGGAUGAUUUCUCUGCUGUGGGUGAUUCAUUUGAUGAUUGUCUUAGCCAUCUGGGUCAAGUGCUGAAAAGAUGUGAGGAGACAAAUCUCGUGCUAAAUUGGGAGAAGUGCCACUUUAUGGUGAAGGAAGGGAUCAUCCUCGGCCACAAAUCUCUGAAAAGGGAAUUAAGGUCGAUCAAGUAA